GAGGCGCCCUAGACGACCGAGGGCCGUAUCCAAACAAGUAUCGUAAUAUACGUGUAUAGAUAGGAUAUUGAACUCGGGAUACCUGUCUCAGCCACCGCAGUAGAAUGACAACCGUAGCUUUCGGAGGGGGGCCAUCCCUGGACCAGAGGCGCGCGUUCGCCGCCCUGAGGGAUGGGACACAUGUACCUGGGUACAGGGGAUAUUGUCCACAAAUCAAAUACCGGGUCGGAAAAACCUACGGAACAGAUACCCACAUCUUAGCAGGGGAAGUCCAGCACAGACAUCCCGCCUCCGUGCUCGCAGCACCAACCCAAGCACCUCCCAAACAACUCCCAGACGCAACCGGAGACAACAAAUACACCAAAAACAUGGUCCCUGGCUAUACAGGUUAUAUACCACGGAUCCCUUUUAAGUUUGGUAAUACAUACAAAGAAGACUGUGAUCACUGCAUAGAUGAAUAUUUGACAAAUAGGAAAGUUUAUGACCACAAACAGUCAGACCUUCGACAGCAAAUAAAUGGCCAUCCAAGGCUUACUGCAAUAUCACACGACCCUGAAGUCAAGGAAAGGCUCAACAUGUACAGGGAUACACAUCCAACAAAAUCCAUCUUAGUUGAGGAUAAGAGAGGACUAACAGAGCCCCCCAUUCCUGGUUACCGUGGUUACAUCCCUAGAAUAAAAGCAACAGAGAUGGGUCUGGGCAGUCGUUAUAACCAGACGACUAAGAAGGGCCUAGAACUGUUUGUACAGGAGACAGCAGCCAAUGCAGCACGCAGCACAGGCAAACUUCCUCAGUCACUAUCAAUGGUUUCUCACCAGACACUGAAGAGUGCACCUCCAAGCUUCAACCGACGUCUGUAUGUCAACGAUGGCAUGAUCCCCAAAUACACAGGAUAUAUACCUCACCGAAGAUUUGUGUUUGGAAAUACAUACGGAGACACAACAAGAUCUUUAAAUGUGUGUAGUCAUCCGAGUCAGUCAUAUGGGGACUUUGUCCGCUCAAAAACCACGCUUUAGUUCCCAUAACGCCACGCCUGUCAUCAGCUUAAUGUAAGAAAAAGAAAAACACAAAAAAUUAUGUCUUAAUUGACCUCUGACCUCUAACUGUGAUAUACCAUACUCAGUAUGAUUUUUUUCUGAAGAUGCCCGGUUUAUACAGAGAACCUACCAAGAGUCAACAUUGAAACUGUGCUGGACCAAGGAGCGAACCGUCUUGUUCAGAAUAUUGCUGACCCCAGCAAAAGCUGUGUUGUCCUGGAAAUUAAUGAGUGUUUGGUCUUUUUUCAGAUUCCAACAUUAGUGGACUUAUGGUAUUAUAUUUCGCUGUUGAAAUAUAUAUUUGGUAGGAUUCAUCAUGAAAAACACAUUUUUAUUAUUUCAGGACAUAUUUUGAAAAUUCUGACCAUUAUAAGCAUUGAAAAGAAGUAAUUUGAUAUUUCAGUUAUUUUCAUGAAUGACUAAGUGACAGUAUACCAUAUUUGGCCUGGAAGUGACCCUGUUUUUAGUAUAUGGCCUAUGACUGUGUUUUAUGUAGUCUGUUUUACAUGUAGCUGUUAUGUCCACUGCCUAUAUUUAUAUGUUAAUGUAGUAAGUCUGGGGUCGAGAUGAUAAAAUAAUGUUUGUGAGAGUCAGGAUUUUGUACAUGUAGUACGUACCAUCCUGUGAAUGUUACUGCUAUGAAGGUCAUCUCAGGUCAAGGUCAUCGAUGAUCUUGUGGAUAAAAAUACCGGAAGGCAUGAGAAAAUUAUAUAAAAAGAUACUGAAACAUUGACUUUCAGUAGACUUUUUAUUUAAAAUGUGUUUAUUGAGUACAGUUUUAUAACUGUAGCUACAUGUGGUGUAGGAUACUGGACAGACUUUCAGUUCUUCUAAGGCAGAGGUGUAGGAUAUGCCUGACAGACUUUCAGUCCAACGCUUACUUUUCUAAUCCAUAUAUUUAAUGUAGAAUCAUGUAUAUUUACUAAUGUUGUUGUAUAUAGAUAUAGAAUUUAUGGUAUUUUUAAUAAAUGUUGUUUAAUAUACAAAAUAUCAUUUCAGUAUUAUUUCAUGUAUUGUUACUAUACAUAUGUACUGUAUAAUAUUCCUUGCUGUCCCUGCAACAGCCUACACAAAUCUACUCUUCGCAGUGUUUUUUCUCAAGUCUAUAGUAAUUUGGCACUAAAUAUCAAUUAUUUGCUGACACUUGAUAGUUGAUUAAUUGCUCAAAAAGAUUUAGAAAAUCCAACUUUAUAUAUAUUGACUUCUGCAAUUUUUUAUCUGAAAAAAAUUAAUUCAUUUUUACCCUUAGGAUAUUGAUACGGGAAAGUCAACUGUCAAUAAUUCAAUACAUAUUGCACUUUACAGCAUUAACUAGAAACACAUAUAUAACAGUGUAGUUGUAUUACCCAGGUACAUAGUGUGAAGGAAUAUCAUUGCCUUUCAUUUGGAUCAUUUAUCAUUUACCUGUGCUGUCAUACAAAAUGUGUCAAUUUCUAUAUCUAUGUCUUUAUAGCAAUUUACAUUAAGAACUUUUUAACAUAGAUUUCAUAAUACAAUAAUCAGGUGAAAAUAUAUCAUGGUGGAUUGCCAACCUGCUUUUGUUUUGCUUUGCUUUUUUUGUUUCUGAUAUUUUUUAUAAUUAUAGACAUACAUGUUUAUUGUAGUUUUAACUGGCUCAAUUAGGUUCCAAUUUAUUUUUUCGUUUUUUUCUUCUUAUUAUUUUAAUGUGCCGUGCCAACCUAGCUACUGCUUCAAGAGAGAAAAAUAAGAGAUUUUCUUAUAUUUUAGCCCACAGAGAGCACAAGGGCAUCUAGGUGUAUCAAGUAGUAGAUUUCUAUUUAAAUGGAGUUGAAUCUAAACUAGUACAAACUUGUAGAAAGUUUUCAUUACGUAUAAUUCCUCCCCAGCAACUUGGCCCUUAAGACAGGCUAGUGCCUACCAUAAGCAUUCCAAUAUAUAUAAUCCUAUAUAUUUCUAUUCAACAAACAUGUCUUUCAAAUAGUAUUAUUUAUCAAUGAUAUAAUGCAUACACAUGGUAAUUGUUAGGCUGUAACAUAUCUAAUUGGGAUGGGUGUAUCAGAACACAUGAAGUAUCAUUGGUACAAACUAAUCAAAACAACGGGGAGUAAAGGGCAGUAACUCUUACACAUCACUCACUGGUAGAUUGGGAAACUGUGAAGGUAUAUAUUUUACCAUGUCAUGCCUUAUAUUCUAUUAGAAAGUGCAUAUUUCAUCAAGAUUAUACAAUGAUAUUCCUUUGAAAUUAAAACAUUAUGUUAAAAUCCACA